AGCCCAGAGCCAGAGCCCGGCCGGGGCCGAGCGGAGAGGAGCGCGGCGGCGGCGGCGGCGGCGGCUGUGCGGGGAGAGGCUGGCGCGCCGGGCGGCUCCGCGAAUCCUCUGGCAUCCGCCCCGGCGGGCCGCCCCCGCCCCUGGCAGCCCCCAGACCAGCGGCCCGGCACCGGCGCCUUCCCGGCGGGCCAGAGUGAAUCAUGGAGCUCCGUGUGGGGAACAAGUACCGCCUGGGCCGGAAGAUCGGGAGUGGAUCCUUCGGAGAUAUCUACCUGGGUGCGAACAUCGCUUCUGGUGAAGAAGUGGCCAUCAAACUCGAAUGUGUGAAAACGAAGCACCCCCAGUUACACAUCGAGAGCAAGUUCUACAAGAUGAUGCAGGGGGGAGUGGGAAUCCCAUCCAUCAAGUGGUGCGGGGCCGAGGGCGACUACAACGUGAUGGUCAUGGAGCUGCUGGGGCCCAGCCUCGAGGACCUCUUCAACUUCUGCUCCCGCAAGUUCAGCCUCAAGACGGUGCUGCUCCUGGCUGACCAGAUGAUUAGCCGCAUUGAGUACAUCCACUCCAAGAACUUCAUACACCGGGACGUCAAGCCUGACAACUUCCUCAUGGGGCUGGGGAAAAAGGGCAAUCUUGUGUACAUCAUUGACUUCGGCCUGGCCAAGAAGUACCGGGACGCCCGCACCCACCAGCACAUCCCCUACCGGGAAAACAAGAACUUGACUGGCACUGCCCGCUACGCCUCCAUCAACACCCACUUGGGCAUCGAGCAAAGCCGUCGAGAUGACCUGGAGAGUCUGGGCUACGUGCUCAUGUACUUCAACCUGGGCUCCCUGCCCUGGCAGGGCCUCAAAGCGGCCACUAAGCGCCAGAAGUACGAACGGAUCAGCGAGAAGAAGAUGUCGACGCCCAUCGAGGUCCUCUGCAAAGGCUACCCCUCUGAGUUCUCAACAUACCUCAAUUUCUGCCGCUCCCUGCGGUUCGACGACAAGCCCGACUACUCCUACCUGCGUCAGCUCUUCCGUAACCUCUUCCAUCGGCAGGGCUUCUCCUACGACUACGUCUUCGACUGGAACAUGCUCAAAUUCGGGGCUUCCUCGAGCCAGGCUCAGCCCCAUGACAGCGAAGCUAUUGCACUGCCCUGCCCCCGCCCCCACCCUGGCACUGGGCCCACGUACUCACCCACAUACUGGUGCCCGGCGCCCCUGGGCACCCAGGGCCCUCCAGAUAGGCUGCUGGAGGAGGUGGAAGAGCUGUGCCCCCAAAACUACUGUCCUGUGGUCUGGACUCCAGGGCCCCUGUUUUGACAGCACCAGGUGUGCCUGAGCCCAUCGGGGCCAGGCCUGAGGUCCCUUGGCGUAGUGGGGGGGGUCACUGGAGAGGGCAUGGUGGAGAAGGUCCUGUCAUGAGAUUCUUGGGGAUGAAUCAGCUGCUGGAGGGAUAAACAGAGCCUGAAGGAGGGAUGAAGUUCGCUGCCCUGCGGGGGCCUGGGAGUGGGCUCCAGGAACAGCCUCAUCCAGACCCCGUCGGCGGCCUCUGUAUUGAACCUGAACUCAUUAAAUGUCCCCCACCUGUACCGCGCUUCAUUCUGGUGUGCCUCUCCUUUCAUCGUGGGUGCCUUUGGCCCACUGUGGCCGAUGGCUUAGGACUGAGGCCUUGUUCUCCUGGACAUGGGGCAGCACGUGGAUUUGUGCCCCCUUCUUUCUGGGUGUCAGACAGUGGCCUGGUACUAUUCCCUAAGUGGGACAGAGGUUGGGCAGAGAACGGGGGUUCUCCAAGCCAAGGGACCCCAGGGGGGAGGGUGAGAGAUGGGCAGUGGUGCACCUAUAACUAGACCUUCCACCUGAAGCGCGGCCAAGGGCCAGGAGCCAGUUAUUCUUGCCACAGGGCAUUGCUCAGGGAGUUUGGGCACAGGGCACUCGCUCAUUGUAUAGAAGUCAUUCCAGAGUCCGGUUCUGGGAUGGGCUUGGCCUUUCUCUUGAUAUAGCUCCAAAAAUGGAUUUUGUAUUGUCUAGGCCCGUGUCAUUCAACGUGGCAGCCACUGGCUACAUGUGGCUAAUUUUAAUUAAUUAAAAUCAAUCAGAACUGAAAAUGUAGCUUCUCCAUCAUAUUUGCCACAUUUCAAAUUCUCAGGAGCCACAAGUGGCUGGCUAGUAGCUGCCACAUCUGGCAAGGCAGACGUGAAUAUGUCCAUCAUCACAGAAAGUUCCGUGGGAUGGUGUUACUCUUGGGGCUCCUCACAGAGCCUCUUGUGGGACCAUCGGGCCGACAAGAUCUUGUCACAGGUCAGGCCAGGAGCACCCUCCCCACCCAUUGCUCGCACUCUGACCCCUUCCUGGGGUCCCAUAUGAAGCAGGCUCUGGAGUCUGAAGCUAAGCAGAGGUGCCAACAAUCUUAUCUUGAACGCACCAAUCUCUGACUUGAAGGCCAUCAGACUACAUAAGUGGGCGCUUUUGACUUCAUCACCAAUGUGGUGAGCCCAGCCAUCCCCGGGCAGCAGCAUCUGCAGACACAUGAUGGGGCUGGAGGAGGUGGAAGAGCUUUCACCCUGAAGCCAGGACCUUCCCACCCCACCCUACCCUGCUGGAAGCCUUCACCAGCACCUGCUAGCAGACUGGACACCGUGCUGGGCAUCACGGGCUGCAAACCAUUCUGCAGGAAGGAUCCCGCUCUUUACUGAGAGCUUUCCUCCUUGGAGCGGUCACUGUACAGCACAUAGUAUCAGGGCCCUGGGAUCUCCAGACGCCUGGAGCCUCAGCCGCUGCUCUCAGCACACGGAGCCACUGUUCCGAGGUCCAACCAGCCGGCCAGGAAGAAACUCAGUGCAGCCAAAAACAGGUCCCCACAGCACGGGUGGACGCCUGUGUGCCUUUGAUCACAGGCAAAUCUUGUGGGCAAAUAAAAACCGAGAGACCUCCCUGGUAUGCGUUUCUUGAGGUGUCACUUGGGUGGGAUGGAAACAUGGAGAGUAGGUCACCUUGUGCUUCAGGGCUGGCUUUGGCUUGAGCCUGCUGGGUCACACAGGGCAGGGGCAGUGCACCUGUGAACGAAUCACUUAGUGUCAUGGAGCCUCAGUUUCCCCACGCAGGGAAUGAGUUCCUACCUGCCCACAGGAGGUUUCAUGAGUGGGUUCUGCAGCUCUUCUCACUCAGAUUUUGUGUGGUUCUGGCUGAGUUGCUCUCUCUGUCAGCCUGUAACUGAGUAGGUGGGAGCGCAGGGGGAGGACUGGAGAUCAGAAUGUAGAGCCCUGGUGGUUCCAGGCCUGCCUGCCUGGACAGGCUUGUGGGUGGGAAGACUGGGGAUGUUUGUUUCUAGAAUGUUCUGCCAAGUCAUCUGGAGGCGCAGAGGGCAGAGCAGGACUGAGUGGCAGAGGCCCAGCUCUGCUCUGGGCUGUGUGACCCCAGGCAGGUCAUGAGAACUCUCUGGCCCUGGGUUCCUCGCUAGGAUUCAGGGGUCAUUUUGACCCCCAGCCACUACCUCACAGAAGUGCUUAAAGGCAAGCCCCCUUACCCCCAUCCCCAAGGACAGUAGGGCCUUCUUAGCCAGUUCCCUGGGAGAGACACGGGCUUGCAGGGGACCGCACCCCGUGGCCCUUGAGCAGGCGCCA